AUGGAGGACAAUGGCGAAGUUGUCACUGCAGUCAGCUCCGAGGAUGAGCAUCGACUUUGGACAGCUUAUGCAUCUCAUUUAGAGAUGAACGAAUGUCUCGUCGCCGAUUGCGCGAGCCACGAAUCCAUCGACGAUACCCUUCGAAAGUGGUUGGAAAUCACAACCCAGCUGCGACAUUGCACCGCGGAUUCGCACGACGACUUUUUAGCCUGCGCUCAUAUGCUGCUAGAGAGCGACAUCUUCAGAAACAAUAGGGACUACGUGCGGACUCAGAUAAUCCACAGUCUACUGCAGGAAGACGAGGCCGGGCCCUUGCAUGCCAUCACCAGCUUGCUGUUUCUUGACGGCUGCAGCGAUGGGUCGACGUUCCCACGCAUGAUUGAGGAAUCGUGCUUUCCCAGGCUUCUAGAGCUUAUAAAUGCACAGAGAGAGCAUGCGGACCCUCGACUGCAUCGCCUCCUGCUCCAGAUAAUGUACGAAAUGUCCCGAGUGGAACGACUCAAGCUCGACGAUUUGGCGCUGGUUGAUGAUUCUUUCGUCCGUUAUCUAUUCCAGCUCAUUGAAGGUGUCUCCGAAGAUGUGCAGGAUCCGUACCACUACCCCACCAUUCGAGUUCUGCUCGUCUUGAAUGAACAAUACAUGCUCGCCUCAACCGACUCAGCAACGGAUCCUACAAAUGCGACAUCGACUCCAUUAACCAAUCGCAUUGUUAAAUGUCUGAGUCUAGACGGGCCCCUGUACAGGACCUUUGGCGAGAAUGUCAUCUUGCUCUUGAAUCGGGAAACAGAAACAUCGCUUCAACUACUCAUUUUGAAAUUACUAUAUCUACUCUUUACAACGAAAGCCACCUACGAAUAUUUCUACACCAACGACUUGCGAGUUCUGCUGGACGUCAUGAUUCGGAAUCUAAUGGAUCUCCCGGACGAGAAGAUAUCUCUGCGUCACACGUACCUGCGUGUCAUGUACCCGCUGUUGGCUCACACCCAACUCAAUCAGCCACCUCACUACAAGAGAGACGAGGUCCUUCGUGUUCUGAGAGUCCUUCGCGGGUCCCCCAACGCCCAUUUUGCACCCGCGGAUGAGACGACCCUACGACUGGUAGCUCGGGUAGCAAAGGUUGCAUGGAUCGAAGAGACGGAGGAAGAGAAGGAAAGUACGGGCCAGGCUGGAGUCACCCGCCAGUUCCUUGGAAUCAGCCUGUCGCCGUCACAAUAUGCCAGCAGUAUUAGCGUCGGUGACGUGGCGGGAGUGAUGGAGCGGCCUGGGGUCCAAACUCCGAGUCGAAAGGCCUCGACUGCAUCAGAUGUGCGCGAAAAUGCCAAUCUGGAAGCCAAUGCCACGGAAUCUUCCAUGGGGCCCAGGAAAACGCUUCCCACUGUCCCGAAACAUCGACAUGGUAUUCCAUUUGCCCAGGCGGCCAAGGCUUGUGGGAGCGCAAACGGAGAAGGCAAGAAGAUUCCCCCCAAAGCACCACCGCCGCGGCGCUGGGGUCGAAGGAAGAGUCUCACGGAGCAUUCGCCCAUAGAACCCAUCAACGAAGCUAACCCUGACUGA